UUUCGAAGUAAUUUAAUUUAUUUAAUUGUCUUACAGCAAAAUCCUAAUGAAGAUACCGAGUGGAAUGACAUCCUCAGGUCAAAGGGAAUUAUUCCAGAGAAGUCUAAAGAGAAGGAAAUUACGGAAGAUCAAAUAAUUAACCUGCUUGAAAAUACUGUUGAUCAAAGAACUGGUCGUGAAAAGAUAAACUUAGAAGACAAAACUUUGGAUGAGCUAGACGAGCUCGAGGAUGAGGAAGAUGAAAAAGUUUUAGAGGAAUACAGACGGAAGAGGUUUGCUGAAAUGAAAGCACUGGUGUCUAAAUCAAAGUAUGGAGAUGUUAAGGAAAUAUCUGCUCAGGAUUACGUUGCUGAGGUUAAUAACGCUGGUGAGGAUGUCUGGGUCGUUCUUCAUUUGUAUAAAUCUGGGAUCCCACUGUGUACUUUGAUAAAUCAAUAUUUGUCAUCGCUGGCUAAAAAGUUCCCGGCGACUAAAUUCUUGAAGAGCAUCUCUACGACCUGCAUCCCCAACUGGCCGGAUAAAAACUUACCUACGAUAUUUAUUUACCACAAUGGAGAAAUGGCUAAGCAGAUAAUUGGACCCAUAGAACUCAGAGGAAUGAAACUGACUGAGCAAGAACUGGAGUGGAUGUUGGGCGAAGCCGUACCGUCUAAAAUAAAAGAAGAUCCAAAGCCCAAAGUCCGCGAUGUGCUUUUUUCAAAUUUACGUAUUAAUGACAAUAAUGACAGCAAUGACUGGUGA